AUGGUCCCCUUCGAGGACAUCCUCCUCAACAACACGUCGCUGCUCAGCCCCGGCAGCGGGCCCGUGUGCGUCUUGGUCGGGUCCAGCAGCAGCAGCAGCAGCAGCGGCGGCGGCGGCGGUACGAACGACGGGAUCGGAAUCAUUGGGCUGGCGACGCUGCGGGCGGUGCUGCGCCACACGUCGUGUCCGACCAUCUAUCUCGUGGCGGAAGGGGACCAUGAAGGCCUCCAUUCGCUCGUCGCGGCCGUGCAGAGUCUCAAUCAGUCCGCGACGCUCGUCCCGAUUGCUUCCACGGGGGAUUUGGCACGGGUGUCGAGCGCGCAGGACGCCGCGCAGGCCAUCGUCGCCGCGGACCCGCCUAGGGUGGACAUUCUCAUCAUGGCGUCGUCCGCCACCUCCGCACGCUACUACGCGCCACAUAUGCGCAUCCUGGUCACGCUGCUGCCGCUGCUCCGUCGAGCACGGUCGCCGCGCGUGGUCAGCGUGUUGUCGGCCGGCGGCGGCGGGGGCAGGGACGCGAGCCUGCUCGAGAUGAACGACGUCGGCAUGAUGACGACGUUGUUUUUCGAGCACCUAGCCCGGCAGCCGGAGAACGACAAGAUCGUGUUGCUUCGAGUGGACGCCGGCCUCGACGACGUGAACGUGGACGAGGCGGGCGAGCGGGUCCUCUUCGCCGCGACGAACGGGCGGUUCCGGCGCGUCCAGGACCCCGAGCGCGCGGUCGGGACUUUAAUCCAGCAGGGCAGCGACGGCGUGUUGGGGAGUGGCGUGUACCUCGUCAAUGCGGACUCGAGCGUUGUGGCAGUGAUCCAGGAGAUCCAGGACAGCGGCGGUGGGGACGAGGAGAUGGACGUGGACGCAGCGCGCCAGAAAGUAUGGGAGUACACGAUGGGCGAGCUGGAGAGGAUUGAGAGGAUGUGA